GAGGUGGUGCAGGUUUUUUGGCUGUGUUGUCCCUCCCAACUGCUAUUCAUGGCUUGUUACCAGCACUAGGCUCAGCUUUCAGCAUCCACCUCCUCCUCUCAUUCAAUGCAGAAAUAUAUAUACAUAUACUUAUCUUUUUCAACCUAAGGAAAGAAGUAGUGCCAAUUUCCCAUCUCCUGCUACCUCUCUGCCUUCUUCCUGCUCUCCAGCUGCAUGAACCAGGCAUAUCCUGGCAGCACCUGUUAGAGGAUCCCAAGCCUCUUGCAACAGGUGCUGUGCACAUCAGAAGCAGAUCCAAGAGGAUGCCAGCACACUGUCAGUCUGAGGCCAGUGUUCCUCACCAACUCCUGCCUAUGCAUGCGCUGCCAAAGCCACCAGCAGAGUGGACCCAGACUAGAUGGAGCACUGGUGCCCAGUGUUUUUCCUGCCAAACUAGCCAAAAUGUGUGACAUGGCAUUUGAGCUGGUCCAUGGUACUUGACAAAGUUAGAAUGGCAGCAACAGACUGCACCUGCUUAAAGAUCAAGUUUCUCCCCUGCAGCUGCCUGAGCAGGAAAAUGAGUUUAUAGGAAAUCCAUGCUUUUUGUUGCACAUCUUAGCAUUUUUGAUAGGGCUUCUGAAGCUGCCCUGAAGCUGGAUUUAUUGUGUUGUUAAACAACAUCCUGAACAGCUGGCUUUGAGGUCUGGACCCCAGACACUUCUCCAAGGCUUUACAGCUCCCCAGGAGUAUCUCCAGCCAUAUUUGGUAUUUGUAGGGCUCCAAAUGUUUGGCCUUUUUCUUCUUUAAACUCCUUUGCAUGCAGGAGGAAUGUGCAAAGAGAUUCCUGUCUAUGUGAUCAUCUUUUAGAGGAUCAUCCUUUUAUGAACAUACUGUUCUGGCUUCUGCCACUUUUUGUGGGGAUCUUUGUCCCUAGAGCAGCCAUUGCCCUCCUGUUUUUUUCCAACAAGUGAUUUGUGUCACUAGAACAGAAUUGAAAAAAAUAUCAGAGGAAACAUCCUUUAACUUAGAGUUUCAAAUCACUUCCUAUUCGGCUCAUUCAGUGCAGCCACUCAUGAUGUGUGGGACUGCAGGACCCCGUGAGAUGGGCUUCUGUCAGGACAGUGUGUCACAGCCCAAGGCACCUGGAAAUUUAAAAAAUUCUAAACAAUCCCAGUCCUUCAAAGCUCAAAUGCUCUAAAGCAGGAAACAUUUAUACAAUAGCUGGUAGAAAUGGCCUUAAGAUACAGUUGCUCAACUGUGUUUUUAUGGGGCCUCUCAGAUGAGGUUCUUUCAGUGUAAAAUUUAAUACAUCUGUGGGUCUAUUGGGUUUGCCUGUCUGGUAACCAAGGAAUCCUAAAGCUCAGGUCUCCCCUAGGGUUUCCAGAACUUGGAAUGGCAUCUACAAAACAAACAAACAAACAAACAAACAAACAAACAAGUAACAAAACCCCAACCAAACAAAAAACCCCCAAAUAUUGUAAUAUUAGACAUUUGUGAAGAAAGUUGUGGUGCUACAGAAUCUGCAAGAAAAUUCUCUGGAGUGUCUCUGGCCUCCUGAAAGUAGUUAAGGUUGGGAGUCCUUUCCUUUGGUAUCCCCAGUUUUAAUUUCAAUAGAGAAGAAGCUUCAGAGCCCUAAGAGAUUUGUUGAGAUGUGAAAAGGUGAGCCUCAAUGUCCCCAUUCACUUCCACCAAGUCAUCUUCCCUUCCAAGGACCUAAUUCAGGGGGAUAACCCUGUCCACACCCCCAGAAAUUUUUCCAGAGCUGGAGAAAUCCUGAAAGAAACACAAAUCUCCCCUGCAUUAGGUUUCCAGGGUGUCUCUGGUCCACAGUAUGUGCUGGGCUCUGUGUUUCACAUAUGGAGCCUUGACAAAAUGCACAUCCAUCCCUCAACUGUCCCUUCUCUCCCUGCAGCUCCUCUCCAGUGUCAGCAGCGAGCUGGUGGUGGAUGGAAAGCUUGUUUGCUCAAGGCUGUCUCUGAGUGAGCCGAGUGCUGUUUCCAUGCCAAACCCUCGUGUGACACACAACUGGGCUCCUCAGCUUAGAGAGGCUGGGAUGCUGCUUUGGUGCUGCAAACAGAUUACUAACUAAUCCUGCAAGGACACUGCUCCUGCCCUCUUCCCUGCCUCUGCUAUGGACACUUCUGCUUUUAGCCUCCCCACGCCAGCAGUGUUGGAGGAGGGGAAUGCCUCCAGUAGCUGGGCAGGCUUCACUAUCCCCAACAGCUCCUCCACUGUCAGCCCUGGUGUAGUUGUCAGCAGUGUCCUCAUCCCUGUGGUCUACCUCAUUGUCUGUGUGGUGGGGCUGGCUGGGAAUUCCCUGGUCAUUUAUGUGGUCCUACGGCACUCCGUGAGCGAGUCGGUGACCAACGUGUACAUCUUGAACCUGGCCCUGGCUGAUGAGCUCUUCAUGCUGGGCCUGCCCUUCCUGGCUGCACAAAAUGCCCUGUCCUACUGGCCAUUUGGUUCUUUCAUGUGCCGCCUGGUGAUGGCCGUGGAUGCCAUCAACCAGUUCACCAGCAUCUUCUGCCUGACGGUGAUGAGCGUUGACCGCUACCUGGCUGUGGUCCACCCCGGCAAGUCCUCCAAAUGGAGGACAGCACGGGUGGCCAAGGCCGUGAGUGUAACCAUGUGGGUGCUGUCUUCCAUAGUGGUGCUGCCCGUGGUUGUCUUCUCAGAUGUCCCUUUAGGGAUGAGUACAUGCCACAUCCAGUGGCCAGAGCCUGCCUCGGUGUGGAGAGCUGGCUUCAUCGUCUACACUGCCACCCUGGGCUUCUUUGGACCAUUGCUGGUGAUUUGUCUCUGCUAUCUCCUGAUUGUAGUGAAGGUUCGCUCCUCCGGCAGGCGGGUGAGGGCUCUGUCCUCCAAGCACAAGCUUUCAGACCGCAGAGUGACCCGCAUGGUGGUGACUGUGGUGGCCGUCUUCGUCCUUUGCUGGCUUCCCUUCUACGUCCUCAACAUAAUCAAUGUUGUGUGCCCGCUGCCAGAGGAGCCAUCCCUCUUUGGAGUCUACUUCCUUGUGGUGGUGCUGCCGUAUGCCAACAGCUGCGCCAAUCCCAUCAUCUAUGGCUUCCUCUCCUACCGCUUCAAGCAGGGCUUCCGCAGGGCCAUCUUCAGGCCGUCCCGCCGAGUCCAGAGCCAAGAGGUGCCAGCAUGCCCCCCAGAGAAGAUCGAUGACGAAAGGGAAGAGGGUGAGAUCAGCAAGAUCACCAGGAAUGGAAACAACAGGCAGGAGCACCCUCUAAGCAGUGGGGAAGGAAAAAGCAAUGAGCAAAAACCACUCCCCGAGGAGCCUGCGGGAUGCGAAAAGAGCAGCAAGUUGCAUGUCAGCUAUUUAUGAUGAAAGGGGUGGUGCAGGGGAAAGACACAUCGGGACAUUGGGAUCCCCUUCACCUUCUCUGCUUUCAAAGGCAAUGGGAGAUGAUACAAGAGAAUAAUAAAGUCCAAGAGUAGCCUUAAAGAUGAAUAGGGCCCCAUGAUCUUGUGGAAGAAGCAAGGCAUUGUUCUUGGCUUGGAAGAGACACCUGAGGUUUGUGUGGUACCAGUGUUACCAGAAAUUGGUAAAAAAUAAAACCUCCCUAACACUAA